UACAAAAAAAAAAGAAAACUAAUGAAAGCAUUAGAAAAUUAACAAGAAAUGGUGAAUAAAAUCAUAAAGUCAUCGAACUUGUUAGCCGUAUCAAUCCCAUAUCAGUAUUCUAAUGCAAAUUGAUUAUGGACAACAAGCUAUCCCAUACAGACAAUAUACAAGGAAAACGAACAAGUAAAAAAAAACAAUAAGUCAGUAGGUUAAACUAAACGGGCAAAGUCGAAGAAAACAAAAAGACAAUAAGAUAAACUAUAUAAAUACAUAUGUAUAACGGUGUUUCGAUCUGUGUCGCUGCCGAGAGUGUGGUGUGUACCACAGCCAAAGUACAAGUGUGUCGAAAUACGAUAAGCUCCAGCGGGUGAUAAGGGCCCCAUGCCUGAGUGUUGAAAUCCAGUGGACAACGUUCAACACAGGUGACACGGUGUAAUCUCCUCGUCGGAUUUUAAGGAGGAGCACCUCGGUUUUCCUGGACCGGUGAAAGUGGAGUUUUAUUGUCUAUCUCGAUAUCUUGGUGCGGGUUAUAGGACGUGUAAUUACCGUGAAAGGAAACGGGCGAUGCCAUAUGACCAUUGUUUUCGUAGUUAGAAACCUCAAUACAGCGAAGUGUUCACAUUAGAAGGCAUUAUCAAGAACUCUCGUUCAUCCGCCUUUCGCUGUGUACCAGUUAUUUUGAGAAACUUUGUAUCGAAUCUAGUCCAAAAUGCCAAGAUUUCUGUUGUUGCUGAUCAUCGCCAUGUCACUAAAGUACUGUAACACGCAAACAAGACAGCGCUGCUCCAAAUGUCCGCCAGGUUAUGGGGCAGAGAAAAAAUGCACCAAUACUCAGGACACCUUCUGCGUACCUUGCAAAGCGGGGACCUUUUCAAAAACCUAUUCAAGAAACCAACCAUGCCAAAAAUGUUCAGAAAAGUGUACAUCCAGACAUUUCAUCCACAAACAGUGUACAAAAACCCGUGACGUCAUAUGUGCAAGGUGUGACGUAUAUGAUGGCGACAUAACGGAAGACUUUAAGAGAAGCUGCAAAAAAGAAGCUGAAACCUCGUUUCUGUCAUUUUCCACUCUCUGGUAUAUGCUUGGCUACACGGACGAUGAAGAUUCAGACGAGGCGACAGACACAAAAUUAGCUGAGGUUUCUCGCAGGAGCACUUUCUCCUAUCCUGUAUCUCAAUCGCCUCCCGAUCAAAACACUUUCAAUAACAACACAGAUUUUCUUAACCAGUCGAAUACGACUAUGGAUACCAAUGGAACUGGUGGGGACAGUUUUUUGCUGGAUGAGAGAAAUGACGUGACAAUAUCUUUUGAAGGAAAUGCAACGGAUUCAAAUCCCAGCAAUAUCAACAUAUUUCAAAAUAUAACUAACAGUCUAGACGAUCCCAAUGCGCAAAUAGAUCCAGAGGACAUGGACGACCAGAAUGACGACGCUCAAAAUUACGGAGUGGUAGCAGGGGCACUGGUAGCCGCAGUGGUAUUUUUCUCGCUAGGAGCGUGCAGUAAUAGAUUCAAGCAUAUCAAGAAACUUUGCGGCAAGAAAGAGAACGAGAAUAGCCCCAGAAAACCUCACAAGUCCGAUUUCUUUUUACACAGAUCAAGAAGGACAGAAUAUGAGACGGACAAGCACAUGCAGGCCAAUGGCUUUCUUCCGAGGCAAUCCGUCACAGGUCACAGUUUAAGGGCCUCGGCGGACCCUGCCGUUCCUGGUCCUAGCGUCGUGGACACACCUCAGGUCCCAGGGAGUUCCAUCGAUAGCAUCGAGUCAGCCUCCGAUGUCACCGGUUCUUCACACGAGAGAAUGAAUAACAAUCAUUUUAAACGAAACAAUAUAAAAGAUAGCCGAGAAUUGCUUAGGAGCUCUAUAAAAUCGAAAUCUUCCGAAGGGACGAAGGAGGGAAAUAACGGGAAUCAGGAUUUCACAGCAAAUGGCGAUUUCAGGGAAUCUUUUCGGCCCUCAGUUAUUGAAACUGAUAUUUUGGAUUACAGAGAAGGCCGAGUGAAUCCUGACACGAAUACUAAAGAUGAUAUGCAAAACACAUCCAACACGCCGCAGCGCGUAGAGGGGGUCGACGAGUCUGAUUAUAGAGCGUAAAUAUAAUACAUAACAUUGUGUUCUUUCAGUUCACCACCCUUAACUUUCAGUUACAGUUUAGUUAACAUUAGAUGUAACAUCCCAAAAGGCCUUGCUGGACUUAUCCUUUUGU